AAAACUUUCUUCCGCAUUGCAAUUGCUGGUCCAUUGCAGAGCUCAUUGCCUGCAUUGCUUCAGGCAAGCUGGGGGAAAGAAAACGACACUCUUGCUGCCGUCAUUUCGGUGACGCUCGUGUGUUUAUCCCUCCGUGUGUAUGCGCAGGAGUUGGCGGCGGCCCGCCAUGCAGUCGGUAGACGUGCCGACGGAUGUCCACAAGAUUCUGGAGGAGCGAAAGUGCAGACACGCCAUAAGACAAAUCCUCUCAACUGAAGUGGAAAAGGUCAUUGAAAGAAAGGGCCCACUCUGAUGCACCUGGCAUUCCUUUGUCGUUUCAUGCCGUGUCUGUGUGCCUGUGCAUUGCAGAUGAAGAGUGAGCUGUUCGCCUCCCAUCGUAAGCUGCGUCAGAUGCGCGAGGAGCGCAUAAUCUUGGCUGACACCAUCACGGGCGGCGGGCGGGUGUCCAAGAAUAGCGACCUCUACAAACGCAUCCGAGACGCAGUGGUGCACGGCACCAUCCACAGGGCAUUGGAAGUAAGCCAGACGAUACAUGAAAGAAAGAAGGGCAUUUGGAUGGAUGGAUGGAUGGAUGGAUGGAUGUGGGCAUGCGUCGUUGUCGUUAUCAUUGGUGUGUUGUUUGUAUGCAGCCUCGGUGGAUCCGCGAUAGCCUUCACCCGGUCAAGUUUGCGUGCCCGCCUUUCGAUAGGUGCGCACAAUGAAACGACACACAGGGACACCAAAUGCAUUGACGUGCCGUUGUUGUGUCAGUUGCUGCGGCGUGUUUUGGAAGGCCGAUGCGGAGUCCUAUGUCGCGACCAAGAACCGCAUCAUCCUGGGCGAGUACACCGGCCUGGUGUGCCCCAAACCAUCCAACAUGACCCUCAUCGCACGCACCACCACCGAGACACUCAUACCGACACACCUGGACGAACAAGAGGUGGUCAGUCCCUUAUAAUGAUGCCAAAGCAAUCUGAUCCGCUUCCACCUUUUUUGUCUAUCGGUGGUUUGUCAGGAUGAGGGCGAGGUUGAGCUCGAGUGCGAGCCUGAUGCCCGCUUCCCCGCCCCCGCCGACGAGUCCGUUGCAGACAAGGACAACGGCGACGACAAUGCCAGCUCGGCGCUUGAUCAGGAGUCCAGUAUCGAGGAGUGGAGUGAGGGGGGCGCCAACACCGACCACAGGAAGCCGCGCUCUCAGAUCGGCUCGGUGAGGGGAGGCGCGUCGGCGUCGGCGUCUGGGCGGGCGGCGAACGGGAAAAAUGGCAGUGCCGAUCCAGCUGUCGCUCUUCACGAGGCCGAGAGGCAGAGACAGGUAUGCAUGGAUCAUGCAGGUCAUGCUUGUGGUCCCACCUGUCUGUCUGUCGGUCUGUCUGUCUGUCGUUCAGAGGAAGAACAUGUAUAUUUUCAACCUUGACUUCCACCGGAAGGCCUACAAGGACGAGAGGAAACGGUCGCUCUACCCCACCACACACGGGUAAAUGGCACGAACAACACGAGUGGGCUCGUUGAAGUACCUCUGUCUGUGUGUGUCUGGCGUUUUCGUUGGCCGCUUUAGUUCGUUGCCGCUCCGCAACAUAGUUGUAGACGCAUCGGAGCGCCUCAAGUGAGCACACAGCCCAGCAAAAUGAAAUCGGAAGACGACAGAGAGAUGUUUGUGUGUGUGUGUGCCUGUGUAUCUGCGCACAAUUGUCAGCGAGAUGGCGUUGGUCAACCACUUUUCGUGCAUCCAGCUGGUGAGCCACCUGCCCAAGGCAAGGAACGCGAAGGCCAAUGCAGAGUGGCACCAGGUUAGCCUUCAAUGCGUUCACAGAACGACAGCCCACAGUCACACAUCGAAAGCAAGCAUCGAUUGCUUGUUCGGUAGGUGUUGGUCGACGGCUGGCCCCACAUCAUUCUCACGACCGUUCCAGGCACACCGAUCAACCCAAAUGUGAGUGCGGCGUACGGGGACAUGGCUGCAUGGCUCUCUGGUUGGUGUGUACCCCUCUUCUUUGGUUUCCUAGGAUGAGAUCUUGGCUGACUUUGGCGGCGAUUGGUUCAAGAACGUCAUCAGGUACCACCGACAUACACAGCAGCCAUCCAUCCACUCAUGCAUGCGCACCCCAUAUUCGUCUUUGUGUGAAGGCUGGCGAGCCAGUUUCUGUACCGCGAGCUGACAUUCUACCGCAGCGUGGCGUUCAAGCAGUUCAAUCGCGACUGGCUGAGGAGCCAGAUCGACCACAUCGCCGCAGAGGCCGCCGUCAAAGUCGAGUGAGUCAGCACACGUUCACACCCAUGCCUGUUGUUAUCCCUCUGUCUGUUCUGUCUCUUUCUGUGUGUGUGUGUGGUUGCGCUGCAGCGAGACGGACAAGGACAUAUGUUGUGAGAUGGAUGACCCUUGCGCCAUCUGCCUCAAUAGCAACGCAAACGGCCAGCGGGUAAGCAACCCACCACACAGAGGAAACAAUUUUGUUCUCCCGUUCUCAUGAGUCGUUUUAUUUCACUGUGCAUAUACUUGUCAGAAUUUGGCGGUCGUGUGCGACGGCUGCAAUCGCUGCUAUCACCUGAGGUGCUUGGGCGUCGAUCCGCGGCAGCCAGUGCCAAAGGAGGAGUGGUUCUGCGACACGUGCUGCCUGCACGCCGAGUGAGUGAGCAUAGCAUAGCAUAGCAACCAACACACGCAUGGACGAAUGCAUUUUCUCCCAUAUGCAGGCGCGUGACGUCCACCUUGCUGCAGCUGAGGGAUGACGCCCGUCUGCACUACAUGAACGCCAAGCACAUCGACCGGCUAGCCGCCAUGCCCGAGCCGGAGGGCGUCCCGUCGCAGCAGGACGUCCGCAGGAGCACCCGCAGUUGGCAGGGCCUCUACUUCAACCACACCAACCACGACAGCAAGGACCUCGAGCCGCCCAGCCACUACAAAGCCGACCUGAUGGCUGCCAAGGGACCUCUCAAGUACACACACAGAGAGAAGAGAUGGCCCACAGCCCCCACUCCACCAUCACGUGUACCUCUGUGUGUCUGUCAGUCGGAGGAACUUCAUGUCGUCAAAUCGGGCGUGUGUGCCGGGCCCCCCACCGUCCGACGGCGACCAGCCAGCAGCACCACCGACCCGCAACACUGGCGGCGACACAUCGAGAAGCGAGGCUGACGGGGGGUCCUCAUGCACAUCGCCCGCCACUAGCGAGGCGCAUGAUUUCCUGCUGUCGAUGUACAACAUAACGUGCGGCGACAGCAGGAUAUUCCAUUCCUUCGAUGACCCCCUCACCAACAAACCCAGAGAAUACCUGGUUACGCGCCAUUGAGACAUUGAGACACGACUCUAUGCGUGUGUGGUGGAUGCAGGGCAUCGUAGAGUCGGGGGAGUUCACUCGCAAGGGCACUCUGGUGAAUGUGUACUACCCUGAGGACGGCGAGCGACACACACACAUUUUCGAAAAGGCACGUAUACACGAAUGGACACAAAGACACAGAGAGACACACAUAUGCGCAGCAACAUGAUUUCUGUGUGCUUUCUGGGUGCGUGUAUGCGUGCAGGAGUUGUGUCUGGAGCUGGCGAAGCAUCGGAGGAAUCGCAUUGGACGUGAGACCAGCGACAACUGAAACAACCACCCAUUACACGUGUGUGUGUGCGUGCGUGCAGGCACCAGGAAUUCCGUGUCAUGGUGGAAGCCGUAAGCACCGCACACCACCCACGCCCAUCUACUGGCCAUCUUGACUAACAGAUGUGUGUGUUCGUUCCCAUGUAUGUGUGCAGGCGUCGUGUGAUGUGUGAGUGCCCUGGCUGCUUCAAGUGGAUCGAGUCGCGCGACAUGCACAAGGCCAUCUUCUGCAGCAGAUGCCCUGCUGCAUUCCACAGGCAAUGCUGCACCGGUACGCAUACGCGAAAUGCACUCCGCCCCUUCCACCCAACACACACCUCCCUCCCUCCCUCUCUCUCACUCCUGGAUGUGUGCAGAUGCGCCUGCCGCUGACGCCCCACCGUCCCAGUCAUGGACAUGCCCGUCAUGCGCCAGGUCCGAUCCACCCUGCCCUUCCCCCUGCCCCCCUCCCCCUCCCCCUCCCCAGCCACUCGUCCCCGCCAGCCCGUCGGUCGUUUGUGACGAGCCAGGCAGGCCACCCGACUCGCCAGCUGGCGCUAUGCGUGGUGGUGGGCGCAACAUGGAGGCCGCCAGGGGCGAGGGGCAGCCUGCUGCUGCUGCUGCUGCUGCUGCGGAUAGCGAUGGGGAUAGGGAGGCAACCGCUGCAGCAGAAGACCUGGACGCGGUCGAGCUGCCGAGCGAUAUCGAGCUAGCCGGUGAGAUGAUACCCGCAUGCGCAUUUGAUGCAUGGAGACGGUGGGUGCGUUGUGUUCCCCCUCUCUGGGUGCAGCGUCAUUCCUCCUGGGUCGUCCCGAGGUGUUGCCUCUGACGGCUGAGCAGGCCACCCGUCUGCCGCCCGCCACACAAGACGCCGCCCUGCCAUAUCUGCUCGAGUGGAGGGGCGCUGGCAAGGGAUUUGUCGUGAUCACUUUCCCCCACGGCGACACCUCCAUCCGCAACCCCCCCAAGACCUCAUUCCCCUCCCGUGGCCGUAUCGGCAGCCUCGAGCAGCUGAGGGCGGCGUUUCGCGAGGCGGUGCACUUCCAUAGGAGACACAAUGACGAGUACAUCCGGUGAGGGAUCGCAUAUGAGAACCAGGCGGUGGUUUGUGUGCAUUGAGCCAGUGUUGGAAUGCAGCAAGCCCACGUUGCUGCCCGCAAAGUUGCGUGAGGACAGGGACAAGGACGAGGGCCACCGAAUCAUCACACAGCACGGUAUAUGGGACCAACCAGCCAGUGUAUCUGACACACAAAUCCUCACCCUUUGUGUUGGUGUUGUUCUUUCUGGCCUGCAUAUACAGCUUCCGAGCUGCUGCAGUCGUUUGCCGCGCCCACCAAUGGCAGAGUCGCCCUCAAAAAAGACCCCAAAUCAAGAAAACCAGAGUCAGCGAUUGAUCCUUCCACUCCCUUGCUCACCUCACAGAUAUGUCCGUAUUCGAUCUCUCGUCGGUUUGUGUGCCGUGCAUGCAGGUUCCAUGUGCGUGUGCCCGACGAGGUGGUCAAUGUGAUCGGCCCCCCCGCCAACUCACUCCCCAACCCCCUCAUCGAUCGCAAACGACAACGACCCUCAGUCGCACCACAGCCGGCCGCAACAGCCGACAAGGACAACAAGCCCACCAGCAGCAGACGGGACGAGAGGACAUUCAAAUUCGACAUGCCCGAGCGGCACCCCACCCCGGCAGACGUGCAGGACAUGUCUCGGCGAUGCGAGCGGUACUGCGAGGCGGUCGAGUCCGCUCGUGGGCGUCUCGAGGCCAUUGCGGCGCAGCGUGAGUGGGAGAGGAGACGGCAGGAGGCCAGAGAGAGGGGCGAGAGCCCGGGGCGGCCUGUGCGGAUGGGCGGUGAGGAGGGAUCUGAUGUGGAAGAAGGGGAGGAGGAGAGCGAAGAGGAGGAAGACCGGGGAUUCGACAAUGACAGGCUGCAGCCGGUCGCCAAGGCUCGACGGACCGAGCAGCCACCAACUGCUUUGCAGCAGACUGCAGCCGUGGCCAUAGCAUGACAGACUGACGUAUCCAAGGCUUCUUUUGUCCCCUCUCUCUCUCUCUCUCUGUAUCGCAUUGGCUGGGAAUUGUUGGGCCGCUAAUGCGGUCCUGUAGAGAUGCUUGUCGCCUUUGCGACUGCUGCUGUAUAGCAUCUAUGUAUAGCGGGGGGAAAAGGGAAACAGGUUGACGCAUCCAUGUGUGUGGAUGAAUUCGUGAUGGCUCUGGCCCUUGGCAG